UCGGCCCUCCCAGCGCCCCUGCAACACCCACCCGGCUGGGAGUGUCUGCCGCCGUCCGUCCAAGCUGCAAACGAGGUCGGUACGGACGCUCGCAUGAUGUGAACCAUCAGCCAAAUGGCCACCUUCAGAAGACAAAGCCUUUGGAUACAUUUUUAAAGUGUGCAGGCGACCGGGGGGAGAUGCCAAUCUUCCUGCGUGUGCCGUCUCUGCGAGACAUGACGCUGGAGCAGGUGACGGACGCGCUGGUCGUCACGGUGUUCACCAUGCAGACGCUUUCGGAGGCGGAGGGCGCGUGCGCCGCGCAGGACCUGGCCGAGCACUUCCGGGACGUGCCUGUGUCCGUGUGCGAGGACGUGAUGCAGCGCGCGCUGCGCCGGGAGGACCUGGACCCCGACGUGCGGCUGUCCGUGCUGCGGCUGCUGCUGAGGCCCCAGUGCAAGGCCCUGUCGACGGGCAUGUUCCCCGAGCCCAGCUACGCCCCGCUCCUGGACGUCAUCGCCGCCCAGGGCUCCGGCCUCACGCACCUCGACCUCAGGGGGGUGUGGCCCCAGGGCGAGCACCUGGACCGCCUCACGGAGGUCGUCAGGAGCCUCCCGCGCCUGGUCGUGCUCAAGAUGCCCCACGUGGCCACCGACGAACUGCUGGCGACCGUCGGCCGGCACUGCCACCGCCUGUGCGAGCUGGACGUGUCCGGCGAGACGGACAUCUCCAGGGACGGCAUCGAGGCGUUCCUGCUCGGCGUGCGAGACGUCCCGCAGUUCCCCCUCAAGGUGCUCAGCAUCGGCAGUCCCGGCGAGGAGAACGUCAGGGCCGCGGACGUCGCCCUGCUGAUCAACGCGCUGCAGAACCUCGUGUCGCUGGGCUGCUACUCUUUCGUGGGGAGCGCUCUGGCCCACGCCGCGGUCGAGCGAACCAUGCUGCAGUACGUGCACGACACCUCCACGGACGGCGACCGGCUACGGCUGAUAUCGAGACUGUGCCCCGAGCUGCAAUCCUUGUACGUGGACACGCCCCGGUCGGGAGCCAUCGCCUCCCUGGGCUGCCUGCCCCACCUGUGCCAGCUCAAGCUGAACUCCUUCUCGUGCGGCGAGCUGGAGCGGUUCCUGCAGCGCCACGAGAACGAGCUCACCUCGCUGGAGCUCGUCGUCGGGCGGGGAGAGGCACUGCACCUCGACACCAUCGCCGCGAGGUGCCCCCGGCUGGUGACCUUCGAGUGCCUCAAGGUCCCGUCGUUGACGCACAGGGACCCCGUGCCCUUCCCCCGGCUCGAGGUGUUCAAGAUGUCGCAGGCCGCCGUCACGACCCUGUCCGUCACGUACGUGCUCGCCCGCUGCCCGCGGAUCAAGGAGUUCUUCGUGGACUCCGUGCUGGAGAUCACGGACGGCGAGAUGGAGGACGUGCUGCGGAGGACGUCCUUCGAGAGCCUGGAGGUGUUCUACGUGGGCGGCGCCCGGAACCUGACGGCCAACACCGUCCUGCUCCUCAUGGAGUGCUGCCCCAUGCUGGGGAUCAUCGGCAACCUGGGCGGCUGGAGCGUGCCCCCGGAGAGCGUCGUGCAGAUCAACCACAUCAUCCGCGACAACAACCUGGACGUGAACCUCGUGUACUUGGAGUACUGACAGCGCUUCCGUUCCAUUCGUAUUCAAACAAAAACAUUUCAAUCUGGAGAAAAUUCUUGAAGCAGAAAACCUCUAAGUAUCUGACUAUAAAGAAAAUAUAUUGUGAUGGCAAGCA